AUGAAGCAGCUUCACUAUAACGAAAAUAAGCUAGCAUUGGACAACUUAAUCAAUAAGUCCAUCGACUUGAUCUACGAGUUGGCCAAUGAGAACAAGGCUAGACCCAUUUUCUACCCGAUGUCAAAUACAGUAGUCAGAGCCGACAAGUCGUUGAAAGCGUUUGAAAAAGAGAAACCAAAGGUGUCUGAUGCUGACGAUGGAGUGGACUUCAAGAUAUUGAAGUUGAACUUACAAAUGAGUCCUCACGACUUGACCAAUGGCUUGAACAACUUGGACAAGUCGUCCAUAUCGAUUCUCUUGGAGCAAAAGUUGAAUCAGCAGGUGAAGUUUUUGUUGAGCUUAAAGGAUAGAAUCGAUGAUACUUCCUCUAAAGUGUUUGUCACCGGUGACUUAAAUGCUGGAAAGUCAACGUUUUGUAAUGCAUUGUUGAGGAGAAAGGUGUUGCCGGAAGACCAACAGCCAUGUACUUCUGUGUUUUGUGAAAUCAUCGAUGCUUCCAAAGACAAUAAUUCGGUGGAAGAAGUGCAUGCGGUUCCUCACCUUUCAACUUACAAUAUCAAGGAUGAAACUACCUACCAAAUCUUCACCUUGGAUGACUUGGAACACUUGGUGUAUGAACAGGAGAAGUUCUCUUUCUUGAAAGUUUAUCUUAAUGAUGUGAGACCAAAGGAACAGAGUUUGUUACGCAACGGAGUCAUUGAUAUCCGGUUGAUCGAUGCUCCAGGCUUGAAUAUGGAUCUGUAUCAAACCACCCAGGUAUUUAGCAGACAAGAAGAAAUUGAUCUUAUUGUUUUUGUGGUUAACUCAGAAAAUCACUUUACCUUGAGUGGUAAAGAAUUCAUCAGUUCGGCUGCUGGUGAGAAGCAAUACUUGUUCAUCGUUGCAAAUAAGUUUGAUAAUAUCAGAGACAAAGAAAGGUGUAAGCAAAAGAUCUUGGAACAGGUCAAGAAUCUUAGUCCUGACUCUUACAAAGAUGCUCAAAGUUUUGUUCAUUUUGUUAGUGCAUCUGAUGCUUUUAAUGCCCCAGAAGGUGGUGGAGAUGGAGAUGGAGAUGGGCCUGACAAUGACGACGGAUUUUCUAAUCCAGAUUUCGAUCAGCUUGAAGCAUCUUUAAGGAACUUUGUCCUUGAAAAGAGAGCAAUUUCCAAGUUAUUGCCAGCAAAGAACUUUCUCAUUAACAUACUCAAAGAUAUUAGAAUCUUGUCAGAGGUUAACCAAGCCCAGUACAUAAAAGAAAAGGAACAAAAGUUGCACGAUUUGAAAGACAUUAUUGAGCCCAAAUAUGAUGGUAUUUUGAAUCAAAGUAUCGUUAUCAAUGAUACCAUAUUAAAAUUGAUGGAGAAAUCGAGUUCUUCCAUCUACCAGUUCACUAAAGAUGAGUUAAAUGACAGUAUUGAUAAUCUUGGUGAUUCACAGAUAGUACCAUAUCAGGGAAUCCAGUUUGCUUAUGCGUAUGCUCAGGAAACCCAGAGAAGAAUGAUUGACAGUAUUAUAUCUGCUGUCAAUAAAUGUGAAGAACAUUCCAAGAUGCAGACUAGUGCGAGAGUAGAGGAAAUCAUCAAAUAUGGUCAGGAAACACUAGGUGAUGAGUUUUUAAACGACAAAAAGUUUCAGCCUGAGUUGAUGUUCACAAGACGUAGGGAUUUGAUCAAAAAGAACUUGAUUCAGCCUAUAGAACUUGGUGACUUCUUUGACCCUCUGAUUGAAAGCUGCCUUAGUUGGAUUGGAUUGCCCAAUGAUUUGGUAUCAAGAGGUGUUGGUUUUCUCAGUGAUUACAAUCCAACCUCUAUAAUCACCAAGCUACCCUUGACGGCUAUCACUUUAAGAGAACAAUUGCCCGCGCAGUUGACAUUGCAUACAUUAUACUCGUCCUCCAAGAUCUUGACUGUUGGUACAAUCUUAAGAAAGUUAUACUCCUUUUCCCAUGUUUUAACUCCACAAAUGAUGAAGAGAGUCGCAGGUCCAGUUUUGUUAGGAUUUCUCGGAUUCUCUGUCUACUAUUUGAUCAAUGAUAUUCCUAAUGCUUUCCCCAGAAAACAGGCUAGAAAGAUGAAGGGACAAAUCCAAGAUUUGGAGUAUGUUCAUAACAAUGCCGAUAGGAUCUCUAAAGAGUGUCGUAAAGUGUUGAAUUAUCCUUUGAGACAAGUGAUGAACAAUUUUCAAACCAGUAUCGAUAAAAGGGGCCAAGAGAAGAUCACUCUCGAAGAGCAGAUCAAGAAUUCAGAGUUGAGUUUGAACUACUUCAACGACUUGAUCGAGAAGAUUGAUUAUGAAUUCAAAUUAAUUGCAAAUGUGAACUUGGAAAAUGUCAAUACUGUCGAUUAA